CCGUCCAGACCGAAGCUCCAUUAGUCGUCGCUAACGUCGUCAAGCGUGUGGUCAUAUUGAAACGUCUGUCGUUUGUUUAGUCCGCAGUAACUGAGCCAAUAUGGAUCGCUGGAUUGGGAAGGUAGCCGUUGUGACCGGUGCCAGCUCCGGUAUCGGAGCUGCGAUCGUGAAGGAUCUCGCCAAAGCGGGUAUGAUCACCAUUGGGUUGGCACGGCGUGUCGAGCGUAUUGUGGAGCUAAAAAAGGACCUACCAAAGGAGGCUGCGGCUCGGUUGCAUGCGAUGAAGUGCGAUGUCUCUAACGAAUCGGAGAUCGAGACGACGUUUAAGGGAAUUACGGAGAAGUUUGGUGGUGUAGAUGUGCUGGUGAAUAAUGCCGGUAUCAUGAGGUCUCACAACCUGCUGGAUCUUGGCCAUUCGGCGGAUAUUCGUGCGGUGAUAGACACGAACGUAACCGGGCUGGUGUUGUGCAGUCAGUGGGCUUAUCACUCGAUGGUGAAGCGCUCUGUUAGUGGCCAUAUCGUGCAUAUCAACAGCAUUGCCGGACAUUCGGUGCCAAAUUUCCCGAAGAUAAGUGUGUAUCCUGGCACCAAGCAUGCCGUAACGGCCAUCACGGAGACGAUGCGUCAGGAAAUGAGGGAAGCCGGGACGAAGAUCAAAGUGACGAGUGUUAGUCCAGGAGCGGUAAAAACGGAAAUUGUAGAAGGAGUAGAGUUACCGAAAGAUAUGACAUGGCUGCAACCGGAAGAUAUCUCGGAAGCUGUUCUGUACGCCAUCGGUACGCCACCCCACGUGCAGGUGCACGAAAUCAUCAUCAAACCAAUCGGAGAGGCUUUUUAGGCGCAGAAAGAAUACCAGGGCAAUGGAACGAAGCUAUAGUGGGAACGGGUUUGUGAAGGAGGUCAAAAAAUAAACACGAUAAAACUAAACAGGUCUUUUGGUA